AUGGCAUCUAGACUACCUCCUCCUCCUCCACCACAGACCAAUGAUCAUGAUGGGCCCAACAACAACACCAGGCUAUUGGAAUCAGUGAUCGAGAAGCUACAAGAGCAGAAUGCUGUUCUGAUGCAGCAAAACGCGGCUAAUUCACAAAAUCUUGAAGCUGCUCGCACCAAUUCUGAAAUGACUCAGAGGCAGCUGAUGGAGAUUCUUGCAGCUACUAGGGGUACGCCGGGGGCAUCUGCUUCAAAUGCUACUCAUCAGGCUGAGUGGACUUUGGAGGGCUUCUUGCAGCACCGCCCUGCAAAGUUUGAUGGGAAAUGCCUUCCUGACGGAGCUGAUCAGUGGAUACGGGACAUGGAGCAGAUCUAUGAUGCCAAGGAUUGUCCAAACGAUCGAAGACCGGCAUUCACUGAAUAUUUGUUGACUGGAGAGGCCAGUCAUUGGUGGAAGACUGCGAAGAUGAUACUAGCAGAAUCUCACAGCCCUAUUUCCUGGAAAGUCUUCAAGGAAAAGUUUUAUGAGGAGUAUUUCCCGGAUAGUGUUCGCUUCAGCAAAGAGGUGGAAUUUCUCCAGUUGGUACAAGGUAAUAUGUCUGUUUCGGAGUACACCAACAGGUUCAAACACCUGGUUCGCUUUAAUACCCUUGCCACCAGUGAAGUGUGGCAGUGCAGGAAAUUUGAAAAUGGACUGAGAAGUGACCUUAAGGUGUUGAUAUCCAGCCUCUGCAUUAAGUCCUUUCCUGUGAUGAUUGAGAGAGCAAAAGUGUUAGAGAAAAAUGUGGCUGAAGCAGAACGACUGAAGAAGCAGCAACAAGCAACUAGGGGGCCGAUCAUGUCCAGGCCAAAUCUGAAUAGGAACAGGUUGCCGUAUGCUCGCCCAGCACAACCAUCAAAUUCUCAGGCUAUGGUUGUUACCGGACAGUCUGGACAACAUGGAUCAGUCAGAUGUUUUAAGUGUGGAGGACCACACUAUCGAUCGUCGUGUCCUCUGUUGGAGGGAGCGAAAUAUUGUACUCGCUGCAGAAGAAAUGGUCACAUGGAGCACGAGUGUAAUAUGGGCAGACGUGCAGUAAUGAGGCCGCCAAAUGCCGGGAGGAUGCAACAGGAUCGGGGUGGAAGAGCACAAGCGGUUGGUCGUGUUUAUGCUAUAACAGGCGCCGAAGCUGCCAGUUCAGCCGAACGCGAGAUGCAGUUCGACUUGGUAGUAUCAACCCCAGCAGCGGGUGAGGUUAGGACGUCUACUGUAUGUGCUAAAUGUCCUAUAGAGGUUGAAGGACGUAACUAUAAGGUAAACCUCAUCUGCCUACCCCUAAAGGAUUUGGAAGUGAUCCUAGGAAUGGAUUGGUUGGCUGCCAAUCGCAUUCUCAUUGACUGUGGUGCUAAGGAAUUGGUGUUUCCGGACGAGUACGAAGUAGAGCUAUCGGUGACGCUCGGUCAGCUAAAGGAAGACAUCGUGGAUGGUGCUAGUUGUUUUCUGAUCAUGACGCAUUCGGACGAACGACUUGAAGGUUUGAAUCAUGAGCGAUUGUCCAGUAAGUCGAGUGGAGAACGAUCAGUUGUGGAUGAAUUCCCUGAUGUAUUUCCUGAUGAAGUGCCUGGAUUACCUCCUCCGCGCGAGGUGGAAUUUACUAUCGACCUAGUGUCGAAUGCUGGACCUAUCUCUAUUGCACCAUAUCGGAUGUCACCAGCAGAGUUAGCUGAACUCAAAGAACAGAUAGAAGAGUUAAUGGACAAGCAGUUUAUCAGACCAAGCGCAUCACCUUGGGGAGCGCCAAUUCGGGUGAAGGAAGAAGACAUCCAGAAGACGGCCUUCCGAUCUCGUUAUGGACACUACGAGUAUGUAGUGAUGCCAUUCGGUGUGACAAACGCCCCGGCAAUAUUUAUGGACUACAUGAAUCGUAUCUUCAGGCCGUAUCUAGACAAGUUCGUGGUUGUAUUCAUUGAUGAUAUUUUGGUCUACUCCAAGAGCUAUGAAGAACAUGAGGAUCAUUUGAGGACUGUUCUGGGCGUACUAAGAGAAAAGGAGUUGUACGCCAAAUUCUCUAAAUGUGAAUUUUGGAUGAAGGAAGUGCCAUUCUUGGGACACAUAGUUUCAGCUGGAGGAAUAUCAGUGGAUCCGGCAAAAGUAAGAGCAGUAUUGGAGUGGGAGAGUCCACGUUCGGUAACUGAAGUUCGUAGCUUUGUGGGACUCGCGGGCUACUAUAGACAGUUCAUUGAAGGGUUUUCCAAGAUAGUAGCUCCGUUGACUCAGCUGACCAGAAAAGAUCAACCGUUCGCUUGGACCGAUCGGUGUGAAGGAAGUUUCCAGGAAUUGAAGAAUAAGUUAACGAGCGCCCCGGUAUUGGUAAUACCUGACACGGCUAAACCCUUCGUGGUAUAUUGUGACGCGUCUCAUCAGGGUUUGGGCUGUGUGCUCAUGCAAGAAAAGAGGGUGGUUGCGUACGCUUCUCGGCAAUUGAAGGUUCACGAGAAGAAUUAUCCAACUCACGACCUGGAAUUAGCAGCAGUCAAGGAGCUGAAUAUGAGACAGAGACGUUGGCUAGAGUUCUUGAAGGACUACGACUUUGAACUACUCUACCAUCCGGGAAAAGCAAAUGUGGUAGCAGAUGCCUUAAGCAGAAAGGUGGUUCACGUCUCCUCUAUGAUGGUCCGGGAGUUGAGUUUGGUAGAAAGUUUUAGAGAUCUAAAGUUACAGUUUGACUUGGAACCGAAUGUUAUUAAAUGUUGUACUCUUAGAAUCUCCAGUGAUGUAUACGACUGGAUCAGAGAGAAGCAGCGAGAAGAUGAAGAGUUGGUGAAGAUAUUGAACGCACUCGGUACAGAUCAGGCCAAGGAGUUUAACACUGGAGCUGAUGGUCUUCUACGCUACAUGGAUAGAACGUGCAUUCCGAAUGAUGGCGAGUUGAAAAGAAUCAUUCUUGAGGAAGGACAUCACAGCCGCCUUAGCAUACACCCUGGUAUGACUAAGAUGUAUCAAGACCUCAGGAGCUCAUUCUGGUGGCCGGGAAUGAAAAGUGAUGUCGCACGUUUUGUGGCAUCUUGUUUAACGUGCCAACGAGCCAAGGCUGAACAUUAG